AUGCUCCUUCCUAUUCUUGUUCUCUUUCUUCUCCUUCCUCCUCCCCUUCGUGUCACCCCCGUUCUUACUCUUGUUCCCCUUCUUCUUCUUCUUUCUUCUUCUUUUCUUCCUUCCCUUCGUGUCAUUCUUACUCUUGUUCCCCUCCUUCUUCUUCUUCUUCUUCUUCUUCUUCUUCUUCGUGUCAUUUCCUUGUUCUCUUUCUCCUCCUUCCUCCUCCCCUUCGUGUCACCCCCCUUCUUACUCUUGUUCCCCUUCUUCUUCUUCUUCUUCUUCUUCUUCUUCUUGUCAUGCUCCUUCCCUAUUCUUGUUCUUUCUCCUCCUUCCUCCCUCUUCGUGUCACCCCCUUCUUACUCUUGUUCCCCUUCUUCUUCUUCUUCUUCUUCGUGUCAUGCUCCUUCCUAUUCUUGUUCUCUUUCUCCCUUCCUCCUCCCCUUCGUGUCAUCCCCCUUCUUACUCUUGUUCCCCUUCUUCUUCUUCUUCUUCUUCUUCUUCUUCUACUUCUUCGUGUCAUUCUCCUUCCUAUUCUUGUUCUCCCUCCUCCUCCUCCCUUCGUGUCAUCCCCUCUUGUUCCCCUUCUUCUUCUUCUUCUUCUUCUUCUUCCUCUUCUUCUUCGUGUCAUGCUCCUUCCUAUUCUUGUUCUCUUUCUUCUCUUUCUCCUCCCCUUCGUGUCAUCUCCCUUGUUCCCCUUCUUCUUCUUCUUCUUCUUCUGUCUUCCUUCCCCUUUCUUGUUCUUCUUUCCUCCUCCCCUUCGUGUCACCCCCUUCUUACUCUUGUUCCCCUUCUUCUUCUUCUUCUUCGUGUCAUGCUCCUUCCUAUUCUUGUUCUCUUUCUCCUCCUUCCUCCUCCCCUCGUGUCAUCCCCUUCUAUUGUUGUUCCCCUUCUUCUUCUUCUUCUUCUUCUUCUUCUUCGUCUUCUUCUUCUUCUUCGUGUCAUGCUCCUUCCUAUUCUUGUUCUCUUUCUCCUCCUUCCUCCCUCCUUCGUGUCACCCCUUCUUACUCUUGUUCCCCUUCUUCUUCUUUUUCUUCUUCUUCUUCUUCUUCUUCUACUUCUUCUUCUUCUUCUUCUUCGUGUCAUGCUCCUUCCUAUGCUUGUUCUCUUUCUCCUCCUUCCUCCUCCCCUUCGUGUCAUCCCCCUUCUUACUCUUGUUCCCCUUCUUCUUCUUCUUCUUCUUCGUGUCAUGCUCCUUCCUAUUCUUGUUCUCUUUCUUCUCCUUCCUCCUCCCCUUCGUGUCAUCCCCCUUCUUACUCUUGUUCCCCUUCUUCUUCUUCUUCUUCUUCUUCUACUUCUUCUUCUUCUUCGUGUCAUGCUCCUUCCUAUUCUUGUUCUCUUUCUUCUCCUUCCUCCUCCUCUUCGUGUCGUCCCCCUCUUCCUUCCCCUUCUUCUUCUUCUACUUCUUCUUCUUCUUCUUCGUGUCAUCUCCCCUAUUCUUGUUCUCUGUCUUCUCCUUCCUCCUCCUCUUCGUGUCGUCCCCCAUCUUCUCUUGUUCCCCUUCUUCUUCUUCUUCUUCUUCGUGUCAUGCAAUUCUUGUUCUCUGUCUUCUCCUUCCUCCUCCUCUUCGUGUCAACAUCCCCUUCUUCUUCUUCUUCUUCUUCUUCUUCUUCUUCUUGUCUGGCUCCUAAACAAUCUUCUCCUUCCUCCUCCUCUUCGUGUCGUCCCCCUCUUACUCUUUGUUCCCCUUCUUCUUCUUCUUCUUCUUCUUCUUCUUCGUGUCAUGCUCCUUCCUAUUCUUGUUCUCUGUCUUCUCCUUCCUCCUCCUCUUCGUGUCGUCCCCCUUCUUACUCUUGUUCCCCUUCUUCUUCUUCUUCUUCUUCUUCUUCUUCUUCUUCGUGUCAUGCUCCUACCUAUUCUUGUUCUCUGUCUUCUCCUCCUCCUCUUCGUGUCGUCCCCCCUUCUUAA